CUCUCAUGCUUUUUCCCAUCUUUCUUUUUGGCUUCCUUUUCUUGUCUCUUUUGCCUUUCCCCCAUUCUCACCAUUCACUCCGCACACAUCCACAGCUUACCAUCCCAACCCCGAAAAAACCAUUCUGCUUUCUCUCCUUCAGCUAUGAAUUAGGGUUUACGUCAUUGUUAAGAGCUUGCAUUUCCCUGCUUCCAAGCUACGCCUCCGUGCUUCAUUUCGCUAUUGAAUCAAUGGGUAGGAAUCUGUCUGUCUUGGGUCUUACGGUUCUGGUUCUAUGUGCCGGCCUCUCAUCCGCGGCUUCUACUACUUCCCCUGCGAAGAUUGUUACUGGGUUUCUCUCAAAUGCUGUGCCUGCUAAGUCUGUCACCUGUGUUGUGGCUUCUUACAUUUCACUAACUCUUGCUUUUGAGCUCGAACUUUGGUUAACUUCGGCUUUGCAUUUCUGCUUCAGAGAUUGUUACUGGGUUUCUCUCAAAUGCUGUCCUGCUUUCACGAAAUGGUUGUCUCAAAGCUACCGGUGA